CUGAUUGAAGCAACCACCCGGAAAGUUCACGAUUCUGCGCUGUGGGCGCAACGCCUUCGUUUGGCUCCCUUUUGGGGUGGGGCAGACGAAAUAACGAAAUGACGAACGCAUCAGUUUUGCAGUGCAGUCCGGUGUGGGUCUGUUAACUGGGAUUAGGCACGCCAUCGCUCGAUAUAUAGCGGCGGGCAAAUGCGUUAAGCCAAAAUGACGUAAGCUCUCGCACGAAUAUGUCAACAGCUCAACCGAAACUUGGCCAGCGUGUACAAGUAGCGGGCAAGAAUCAACUUAGCGGCCGUGUCGCCUAUGUGGGGCGCACCACAUUCGCUGGCGGCCAGUGGUUCGGUAUUGUGCUGGACGAGCCGCGUGGCAAAAACAAUGGCACUGUCCAUGGCAGCACCUACUUCAAGUGUGCGCCCAACUGCGGCCUCUUUGUGCGUGCCCAGCAGCUGCAGCUGUUGCUAGGCUCGGGCCCCGUGGACGAACUCAAGCGCAAACAGGACAAUAAUCGCACAACGGAGAGCAUGCAACGCGAAACGAACAAACUGAAGCUGGCCCACAGUAGGCAGCGCAGCAGCAGGCAGACAGCGGCAGCAGCAGCAGCAGCAGAAGAGCAGAGGGAGGCGAGCUCAUCAGCCGAGCGCUUGAGCAGGAGGCCACCAGAGAAUGCAACUUUUACCAUGACUACUUCCAAGACUUGGAUAACUUCCACACAGCUGCAACCACAAGCGCCACCAAAGGAACCAGAUCCAGAGCAAGAGCCAGAGCCAGUGCCAGUGCCAGCGCCUUUGGUGAAGCAGCAGAGGGCAAUGCAGCCUGAGACUUCAACUUCCACACAGAUCGGUCAGCAGAAGAAGGAAACACAGAGUAAAGCAGCAGAGGCUCAGGCUCAGGAUCAAGCUAAGAGUCAGAUUAGAGCUAAUGCUCAGCCUCAGUCUCAAGCUCAGUCCCAGGAACAGGCGCAGGCUCAGGCUAAAACCCAGACUCAGUCUCAAGCUCAGUCCCAGCUUCAGGCUCAGUCUCAGUCUCAGUCUCAGUCCCAGCCACAGUCUCAGUCCCAGGCAACUCCAGCUCAGUUCGAGCGGGCCGCUGCCCAGUCAUCCGUAUUGACGCCACCGGCCAUGACCUGCAAUCAGCGACGCUCCACAUCCUAUACACAGCUGCGGCCGACGCGCAUCAGUCAGCCCAAGCCGACGACGGCACAGGCGCAGAGCACCACGGCGCAGCUGACGCUGGCCAUGCCCGUGCCGCUGGCGCUGGCGCCCAAGCGCAGCAAGACGAGCAUGAGCCCCACGAGCAGUGUGAAGCGGAUGGCGCCCGCUGCAUUUGUGGAGGCUGGAUUUCUGGAGAUAUUGCGGCCGCAGUUUACGCCGGGUCCGGCACUGCGCACGCCCAGCACUGUGGCGCCACCUAUGGAGAGCGCUGAGCUGCGGCAGCUGCGCGAGGAGCUGCAGCUGCUGCGCGUGCAGAGGAGUGAGGACAAGCUGAAGCUGCUGGAGCUGGAGCGCAUCAAGAUUCACAACGAACAGUUGCUGGAGUUCAAGUCGCAGAUCAUGACGCAGCAGGUGCUGCUGCAGCGAGAGUUGCAGCGCUGCCGGCACGAGCAGCGCGAGUCGCUGGAGCUGACGGCCAAAUACAAGCGGGAGCUGGACGAUGUGGCCGACAGUGUGGAGCUGCUGACGCUGGACAAGGAGAUGGCCGAGGAGCGCCUGGAGACGCUGCAAAUGGAGCUGGAGGCACUGCAGGAGCGCAACGAUGAGCUCAGCCUGGAUCUGGAAAUACUGCGUGCCGAGCAGGAGCAGGACCACAACGAAGACCAAUGCCUGGAGAAGACGGAGAAGCAAUCGACGAACACGACGACGCUGCAGUCGACGGGCGAGUUCCUGCGCCUCGAGCAAUAUAACCAGCGACUGCGAGAGACGGUGGUCCGACUGCGAGACACCCUGGCCCAUGAGAAGCAGCUGGCGCAGCGCACCCACAAGGAGCUGGAGACGAAACACUCGGAAAUCAAUGAGCUGAAGAGCAUCAAAGAGCUGCAGAGUCGACGCGUCGAUCAAAUGGAAAUGCAGCUGAUGGACCUGAAGGAGCAGGUGGAUGCUUCACUGGGCGCCGAGUCCAUGGUCACGCAGCUGGCCACGCUCAAGCUGGAGCUGGAGGAGCGUGUGAAGCUACUGGAAGAUGAGGUGUCCGAGCUGGAGGCACUGGAACAAAUACAGGAGCAGCUCAUCGAGAGCAACCAGGAGCUGGAAUCGGAUCUGCGGGACGAAAUCGACAAGCUCAGCGGACAGGUAAAGUCCCUGGAGCAGCAGAAGAACGCCGCUGUGGAAAGCCUCUACGAUCGUGAUGUGACUAUAUUGAAGUUCAGAGAUCUGGUGCGUCAGCUCCAGGAGCAGCUGCAGCUGAAAUCCGACGGCGGCAAUCUCUCCAUCGAGGACUUCAGCAGCGCCAAUGAAUCGCAGCAGGAGGAGACCUCCCAGCAGAGCCUGGCCGACUACCAGCACAUCUUCAGCGUGAGCAAGGCCUAUGGACGGGCACUGGAGCAGCAGCUCAAGGCUGUCGAGCUGCGACUCGAGCGCCAGCAUCUGGAGCACGUGCUGGCCUUUGUGCCCGAGCAGUUUCUCCUGCGUGGCGGCGAGCACGACGUGGUGCUGGUCAUGCUGCUGCUGGAGCGCAUGAACGACAAGCUGGAGAUCGUUUGCCAGGCCAUCAACGAAAAGUUUCCAAAUGCCUGCGAGUUCGGUCGCGAUGCCAUCUUCGAGGGCUACUCCGUGCAGCGCUACAUCUUCCGGGCGCAGUGCAUCUACUUGCUAAAGAGCCUGCAGCUCGUGCUGCAGCAGUUCCGCUACGGGCUCAAUCACUGCGACUACGAGCUGUGCACGCACGCGGCCAUCUAUCGCAUGGAUCUGGAGGUGCAGGAGCAGCAGCUGGAUGAGUUUGUGCGGCUGCUGAAGACGGGUCAGCUGGACGAGCACACGAAUUGUGAGCCCAUACGCCGAGUGCUGCACUACAUCAAUGGGCUGCACCAGAAUCUGAUGCCGCCGCAGACGCUGGUGGAUCUGCUGGACGAGCAGCAGCUCUAUGGCGCCCUGAUUGAGGUGUACGAGGCGGGCAUGGAUUCGGUGAAUGCGAAUGCUGGCAUGCUGCACACCAUCAUACAGCUGGGCGAUGAGCAGACCGCCUCCUUCCACUGCAUGCAGCUGCUCAUGGAGCACAGCUGCGCGGCCAAGCAGAAGCUGAAGAAGCUGCAGCGCAAGCUGGGCUCCAAUAAGACCGCCGCUGCCUGGACGGGCAUGCAGUGCGCCCGGUACCAGCGCAUACUGGAAGCCAACGAGGCCCUGGGCGCGCUCAUCAGCAUGCUGGGCGUGUCCGCUCGAGAGGCGACCAAGGAGUCCAAUGGGGGCAUAGCGCACGAGAAGCUCUGGCGCAUAUUGAGCCUGAACUACAGCAAAUAUGCGCCUGCCCAGGAGACGGAGCAGCGGGAGCUGGACGCGUACAGUCAGCGGUGCAUGCAGCUGCUGGAGGAGCAGCUCGAGGAGCUCUGCGCCCUGCUGGAGCCCCGAGAUGUGAACACUGAGUAUGUGCGCCACUCCAGCUCCAAUACGCUGCAGCAGCGCGCCGCCCAAAUCAGGCGGCACUACGAGGACGUCAAGAGCCUGGAGCUGGCUGUGGCCGAGCGGGACAAGGAGCUGAAGGCACUGAAGUACUCGGCCAAGCUGAAGCAACAGGAUUACUCGGAGCUGCAGGUGCGCAAGGAGAUGGCCGAGAAGCAGGUGCAUCGCUUUACCCACGACUAUUGCCAGACGCUCACCCAGAUGGCCGAGGGCCUGGAGCAGCUGGAGCAGGCCAUGCUCUCCAAGGAGGCGGCCAUGCAGCACGCCCUGAACACACUCAACGACAAGCUGUCCGCUCUGGAGCUGGCCCAGCAGCAUUGCCAGCAACAGCAGCAGGUGGACAGCGCCUGUGUGAGCAGCUCGACGCGCAUUUGCAACCGGGAGCUGAACAUGAUGCACCAAGCGCUGCGCCAGGAGCGCGCCCUGCGCGUCCAGCUGCAGGACAACGCGCUCUGCAAGAGCUUUGCUGCCCUGGAGCCGUUGCAUGUGCCACAGCUGGAGCAAAACGGCGAGCUGGCCCGCCUGGAGGCGCAGCUGCGCCGCUUGAAGAACCAGUGGCUGCUCGCCCACCUGGACCUGGGCCCGGCUGGCCACGAGCGUCGCUCCCAAAUCAAGCUCCAGGCCAGUCGACUGCUGCGACAUAUCUUCCAAGCCUAUUGCACACAGAAUCCACAUCGAGCGGCGCCCACAGAUUUUGGCUUAUUCAUCAGCGACGAUCUGAGGCGCGUCCUAUAGGCCAACUUAUAUAUACAUACAUCUAUAUAUACAUAUAGUGUUAGACUUCAAUUGUAUUACGGCGAAAAUAAUAGUACAUUAUUGUGAUUUGCUGCUUAAACCUAUUAACAAUUAUAGAGUUCGUUUUGUUUGUUAACCGAAAACUGAUUAAAUUUGCAGUAUAUAGCGAAAAUAUUAAACAAUUAACAAUCGAGUUUUGUUGCUCUCUUGAGGAAAUAAAAUUUCAAA